UGUAUUCUUCGACUUUACUCCGAUUUAUUUAUUUUCGACAGCUGUUUGUGCCGCCAUUACUAUUGAUAGCCGAAGGUUUCAUAAGAAUCGAUUUAUCUUUGUUAUUUUUUGAUAGAAAUUUCUGUAAAAGUUGAAUUUUUUUAUAUCUCCAUAUUUUGUAUCAGAUUAAUUUAAAACAUUUAUUCUUAAAUGUAAAAACCUGUUGGAAACGUGUUGUCUCGUUUUGCCUUUUUAACUACUGUUAUCGAAGUGAUAUAUUGAUAAUCAUUCUUGAUUAAACAAGACAAAAUGUUAUUAAUGGAACGAAUACCCGAUCAAAUUGGAUACUUAGUUUUGACAGGGGAUGGAGCAGUAUUAGCAUCUGGAGGUGAACUAGAAAAUAAUGAAAGAGUCGCAAAUGUUAUUAUGAGUCUGGUGACUUUAGAAAGUAAAAUAGAUGAUAAAACAUCAAAUAAUAAAUCUUUCAACAAAAUAUUAAUUAAAUAUCCAAACCAUUGUUACAUCGUUUGUUUAUCGAAUAAGAAAAUUCAUGUUAUAAAGAAAAAAACACAUUCUGCUGAAAGUCACACAAAUUCAAACGACCAGAAUCUUAUGGAUUUUCCUCCAAUUUAAAUAAAUGUAUUUAUUGAUAUAUUGAAAA